AGAGUAUGUCCGGCACUGAGAAGACGGUGUGGUGUGUCUUGGAAGUGGGACGGCACCUCUGCCUAAUAGUGCUAAUCUCACCUCUGUGACUACUAUAUUUCGCAGCUCACGGAGAAGGAAGUGCUGGAGUGAGCACUGAGCACUAGGCAGCCACAUCCGCAGCAGGACUGGAGUGACUUGCUUUCCACAUGGAUUGGCUGUGGAAAUUCUUCAGUUAUAAGGGCAGACCAAGAGAAGAUGACAACCCUUUCAGAAGCUUAACUUGGGAGGAGAUUGUAAAGCAGAGAGACUUGAAGGACUUGCAAGAUUCUGAGGAGAUGCAACACCCAUGGGGAUACUCCCACCAUGGCGACUUCCCCAAUACUGACAUGUUCUUACCUCAUCAAGAAUUAUUAGGCCAAAUGGAUGACAUGUUUUCCAAACUGGAAGACAUGAUGAGGGAGAUGCAUCAUCACCCGGCCUGGGAACUGCCAGAUAUACAGGCAGAACCUGAGCCACAAACUCCACGAGACUUCAUGCUGAAGGUCCCUGAAAAUGACCAGACCAAGAUAGUGCCAGCUCCUGCUCCCCACCACCCACUACAUAGGCCUGAGGAUGAAAUGCUAGACUCCCAGAAUGAUGACUCUAGUCAACAUACAAAUCCGUUCUCUUUCAGUCCUCACAGCUUCUUUGAUGGAAUCUUCCAGCAGUUUGGAAUGCAUCCUAGUAAAACACCUUUUCCAGAUAACCUUCCUGGAUCAAACCCUGAGGAGCAUUCCUGCGAGUCAUUGAUGAAAAAAGAAGACAAUGACAUUGAUGACAGGGUGUUGGGUGAUCUUUCCAAGUUGCCAGAGGGUGGACCAGGCUAUUCGCAUGGGUUGCUACAAACUUUCGAGCCAAGAAGGGCUCCGUGGUCUCAUCCUGAAUCCCCUGGGUCUCCUGAUGUUGGAAUCCGCCACAAAUUUUAUUCACAGUCAAUUGUCACUAUCAAAAGACCAGAUGGAUCAGUAGAGGAAACCAAGAAAUACAGUGACAGCACUGGUCGCGAAGAGGUGAUAGUGACCCACAAACAAUCAGAGGACGGAAAUCAUGGUGUUGGUGCUCUACUGCCAGAUGAGCCAGUUGAUCAGAUGCCAUCCUUCUUCUCAUGGUUCUUCACACGUUAGUUUGAAAAGGAAGUCCUUACAAACUACAGUAGUAUGUUGAUUUGUUUUUUCAGAGUGCUCUCUCAAAUUAUAAUCAACUAGGGAAGUAUUAUGCGCAUUCUGCUUUAUUUUGAUUACCUACAUCAUACAUUCUACUUUAUUUGAAUUAACUGUAACUGUGCUAUACUAAAGCUCCUGUGGUGUUAUAUGGGUGAUCCACGAGACAGACUCUUUCCAUUAGGGAACGACAGGGCCAAGAGUGUGUGUGUGUGUGUGUGUGUGUGUGUGUGUGUGUGUGUGUGUGUGUGUGUGUGUGUGUGUGUGUGUGUGUGUUUACCUUGUUGUAUAUUACAGGGUUGGAACAGGGCUCAUAAUGACCUGUUUUCAUGUAUAUGGUUAGACUUU